AUGGAAGACAAAACAAAUAUGUUUAGUCUAGCCUUUCCAAUUGAAAAGAAAACAAGCGACCUGAGAAUAGUUAUUGAUUAUAGAAAAACCAAUAAACACAUAAUUGAUGGACCGUAUGAAAUUCCAAAAAUAUUUGAAACACUACAACUUUUGGAAAGAAAAGCAUUUUUUACCAAAAUAGACCUCAAAAACGGAUUCGAUCAAAUAUCUAUUGACAAGCAAAGCAGCAAAAUUACAGGAUUUAUGAUGUUCAACAAAAUCUACACCUAUAAACGUAUUCCGUUUGGAAUAAAAUCAGGCCCCAAUUUUUUCCAAAAAUAUGUCUGUGAAAUAUUAUCCGAUGUAAACUCGCUUUGGAUACAUAGAUGA